GCAUUUGUCAAAUUUCUCAAUACUUCUGCACAUUGAUUCCCUCAUCAUAUUUACUUCCUUUUAUAAAACCAUUGAACGCUGUUCUUGAAGCAACGAAGGUGAAACAAAAACACCCUUUGAUCUCUCUUCUGUAGGCGAAAAGUUAAGAGAGGAGACUUAGAUUCGAAGCUUUGAUGGAAACAGGAGGGAAUUCGCUACCUUCUGGAGCCGACGGCGUGAAGAGGAAGGUGUGCUAUUUCUAUGACCCGGAGGUGGGGAACUAUUACUAUGGCCAAGGUCACCCUAUGAAGCCUCACAGAAUUCGAAUGACUCAUGCCCUUCUAGCACACUAUGGUCUACUUCAGCACAUGCAAGUUCACAAGCCCUUCCCUGCCAGGGAUCGGGAUCUUUGCCGCUUCCAUGCCGAUGACUAUGUGAACUUUCUCCGCAGCGUGACCCCUGAAACGCAGCAAGAUCAGCUCCGACAGCUCAAACGCUUUAAUGUGGGAGAGGAUUGUCCCGUCUUUGAUGGCCUUUACUCCUUCUGUCAAACAUCUGCAGGUGGAUCUGUUGGUAGUGCUGUCAAAUUAAACCAUGGUCUAUGUGACAUUGCCAUUAAUUGGGCUGGUGGUCUGCAUCAUGCAAAGAAGUGUGAGGCUUCGGGGUUUUGCUAUGUCAAUGAUAUUGUCCUUGGAAUUCUGGAACUUCUUAAGCAGCACCAGCGUGUUCUAUAUGUUGAUAUUGAUAUCCACCAUGGAGAUGGUGUGGAGGAGGCAUUUUAUACUACCGACAGGGUCAUGACUGUUUCAUUUCAUAAAUUUGGAGAUUAUUUUCCUGGUACGGGGGAUAUACGUGAUAUUGGAUAUUCAAAAGGGAAAUACUAUGCCCUCAAUGUUCCUUUGGAUGAUGGGAUCGAUGAUGAGAGUUAUCAUUACUUGUUUAAGCCAAUUAUCGGUAAAGUUAUGGAAGUUUUUAAUCCUGGUGCUGUGGUGCUUCAAUGUGGUGCUGACUCCCUAUCUGGAGAUCGGUUGGGGUGUUUCAAUCUUUCAGUCAAGGGCCAUGGAGAGUGUGUUAGAUUUCUGAGAUCAUUCAAUGUGCCAUUGUUGCUUGUAGGUGGUGGUGGCUAUACCAUUCGGAAUGUUGCUCGCUGUUGGUGCUAUGAGACUGGAGUUGCACUUGGAAUGGAAAUUGAAAACCAGAUGCCUCGACAUGAGUAUUAUGAGUAUUUUGGUCCAGAGUAUACUCUUCACGUUUCUCCUAGUAACAUGGAAAACAAGAACACACCCCGACACCUUGAAGAAAUCCGUAAUAAGCUACUUGACAAUCUCUCGAUGAUUCAGCACUCGCCAAGUGUCCAGUUUCAAGAAAGGCCACCUGAUACCGAGCUUCCUGAGGCUGAUGAAGAUGAAGAUGAAGAUGAUGGAGAUAAAACAUGGGGUUCGGAUUCAGACAUGGGCGUUGAUGAGGACCGUAAGUUCAUUCCAAAAAGAGUAAAGAGAGAAGUGAUUGAACCAGAUACGAAAGAUCCGGGGGACCGAAAAGGAACAGUUGAGCAAGCUAGAGGAUCUGUGACAGAUGAGACUGGUGUAAAUGUCAGUCCGAUGGCUAUCGAUGAACCAACAAUGAAACCUAAGUAAGAAACAAUAAUAAAGCAUCCGAUCCGAUGUACCCGAAGACGCAAGCCGAACGGUCUCAUCUAGGUACCGGAUGUAUUUUGUGCCAUUUUGUUUUAUCAAACAUUAUAAGGUCUCAUGUUCAUGUAUGAGCCAUGAAAACCUAAAACAAUUUGAUUUAUGUUGUAGCUGCUUCAAGCUGUAUAUCCAACAGUUUAAACUGUUGAUUAUCUAAACAAUUUUAAGAUUUUAUG